CUGGAAAAACACAGCUAUGAAAAGACUUUAACACUGUGGUGUGUCUGUUAGAGCAAAACAGAACACAUACAUUAUUGUAGUCCGACAGGGAAACCAGUCAGAGACUCUAUAAUGUCUAUCUUUGUGAUACUGGGACUGCUGGUCUGCACUGAGGCACCAGGGUCCAGUGCUGUGACUCCUGUGUUUGUGCAGAAGGGAAAUUAUGUUCUUCUGAAUGUCAUGAAAGCUGAUGUUCUUCAGGACGUUUAUUCUGUUGUGUGGACCUUCAAUAAAAAGGAUGUUUUAGUAAGAUUUUCACCUGGUAGAGAACCAACAGUCUCUCCUGCUUACACUGGAAGAGUUGAGUUUUCAGUGAUUGAUUACUCUCUGAAAGUGAAGAAUCUACAAGAGGCAGACAGUGGAGUUUAUACUGCACGAGUGAUAAGGGAUAUAGAGGAACAAACUGAAUACAACGUCACAGUUCAAGGGUCCAGUGCUGUGACUCCUGUGUUUGUGCAGAAGGGAAAUGAUGUUCUUCUGAAUGUCGAGAAAGCUGAUGUUCUUCAGGACGUUUUUACUGUUGUGUGGAACUUCAAUAAAACAGACGGUAUAGUAAGAUUUUCACCUGGUAGAGAACCAACAGUCCUCUCUGCUUACACUGGAAGAGUUGAGUUUUCUGUGAAUGAUUAUUCUCUAAAAGUGAAGAAUCUACAAGAGGCAGACAGUGGAGUUUAUACUGCACGAGUGAUAGGGAAAAAAGAGGAAUCAACUGAAUACAACGUCACAGUUCAAGAUGCAGUGUCUCCAGUUAAACUGAAGGUGGACUCUGUGUCCAACAGCUCAGACUCCUGUAACCUCACUGUGACCUGCAGUACACAGGACUCUCACAUCAGCAGCACUUUUAGAUGUGACACCAAAACCUGUAGUCAGGAGGGAGGAGAGCAAUCAGAGGUCACAACAUCUGGGGCUUCUCUCCAUGUCUACCUGGUGAAUCACUCAAUCAUCUGUAACCAUAGCAACCAGGUCAGCUGGACCAAAGACAUUGAAAUGGCUGAACAUUUCUGCCCCCAACAUGCUGGUUCAGAGUGUGUCUCUGCUGGUAUCUCUGUGUGUCUGGUGAAGACUGUCGUGUUGUCUGUCGGUCUGAUCAUCAUGGUGUCUGCCGUCAUCAGUGUUCAUAUCAUGGAGAAGCUCAAGAAGCACAAAUAAACGAUUCUCUACCAA